AUACUACUGCUAUAUUAGUCCAGUAAUAAGCUCACAAAAUUUGAUGUUUGACUUCAACUUUAGGCAGCCAACCUAAUUUGAUACUCUUGCUUUUGAUCGAACAACCUACUUUACAAAAACAUCAUAACAUAGCCUCCAAACAACUCUUUUGAUUUGCUACUUAACAAAACAUUUGGCCAAGUACGUAGCAAAGAAAGUUAAACUAAGGAAAAAUGUCAAACUAUUGGCUGUUUUUUUCAUCUCUUCUCUUUAUCUCCUUCUUCUCCUUAACAAAUUCAAGCAACAACAAUGUAUCAUGUCCAAUAGACUUCACCUAUGUCAAUACAUUCCCAUGGGACACCCAAGAAUGCGGCGAAAACGCCGAAUCAAAAUCUUGUUGUCAAACACUUAGGAGCUUAUUAGGCAUGGGAUUAGCCACAUACCUUAAAGCCUCCUCAAAUUUCUAUCUACCAACUCCUGAAUUAGCCUCCUCUUGCCUAUACGCCUUUCAUACCAAACUAGCCACGAUUUCGAGGACGAAUGCCUCAUUAGUCUCCUCAUGCUUGAACGACUCAAAUGAAUUGCUGCUUAACCACCCAUCAGACUGUGCUGGGAUCAGGACUAUCGACGAGUGGAAUGUAAAAGCCGGCCUUACACCGGAGUUGAACACGUCUUGCCAAGGUGAUAUGAUGAGAUUAACACAAUGUAACUCUUGCUUUGAUGCUGGUAUGAAGAUGAAUGCUCAAUUGGUAAGUUUAGCACCUAACUCAACUAAGUGCUUUUACUUCACUAUAUUUUAUGCUGCUGGGAUUGUUAAUCAGCUUGGACCAACAGAUUUUGGGUCAGCAAAUUGUAUCCUAGGCCUUCCCUUGGCUCCAGGUCAUUACGAUCUCGGUCAAUCUUCAGGGCAACUGAAUAAAAACAUUGUAUAUAGGUUUGUUUUCGGGUUUUUAGGGGGUAUAGUUGGUGUUUUGAUGGUUAUAGGAUUGAUAUAUUUGCUUAGAGUUUGGGAUAAAAGGAGAAAAGAAAGCGCGGUCCAUGAUAAGUUUGUUACUAGUGUUAGGGGUCAAGUUUCACCUAAUGUAGGUACGAUAUGGUACCACGUGACAGAGUUAGAACGCGCUACAGAUGGAUUUUCACGAAAAAAUUUCAUUGGUCAAGGCGGAUAUGGGGUUGUGUACAAGGGGACGUUUGCAAGUGGGUCUACAAUCGCGGUGAAACAAAUCACGGACGAUUUGGAUUCCAUGAGGGAUGAAGAGUUUUGCAAUGAGGUUGAUAUUAUAAGCAAAAUUAGGCAUCGAAAUCUUUUACCUCUAAAAGGAUGUUGUGUAGCAAGUGAUAAUCUAAAGGGGAAAAGGCGGUACCUUGUGUAUGACUACAUGCCGAAUGGUAGCCUAAGUGAUCAUUUGUUUGACCAUCAAAGGAAGUUAACAUGGCCUCAAAGGAAGAACAUAAUCAUUGAUGUUGCUAAGGGACUUGCAUACUUGCAUUAUGGUGUGAAGCCGGCGGUUUAUCACCGUGACAUCAAGACUACCAACAUACUUCUAGACUCGGAGAUGAGGGCAAGGGUGGCCGAUUUUGGGUUGGCUAAGCAGAGUGUUGAAGGGCAAUCUCAUCUUACCACUAGGGUCGCGGGCACAUAUGGAUAUUUACCCCCGGAGUAUGCUUUAUAUGGGCAACUGACCGAAAAGAGUGAUGUUUAUAGCUUCGGAAUUGUGAUUUUAGAGACAAUGACUGGGAGAAAGGUUUUGGACACAUCAAAUACCUCAACACCAUUAAUCACGGAUUUGGUUUGGAAUUUGUUUAAGUCACAAAAUGUUGAGGCUAUUUUCGACGAAUUUAUAAGGAAUGAAGGUCCAAAGGGGAUAAUGGAUCGAUAUGUACGUGUUGGACUACUUUGUGCUCAUGUUAUGGUCGCGUUUAGGCCUACCAUAGCCCAAGCCCUUAAGAUGUUGGAAGGGGACAUUGACAUACCAAAGCUACCAGAGAGGCCAUUGCCCCUAGCCCACGAGUCUUUUAGGCUAACUUCGUGUUCGUGGCGUAGUGGCUCGACUAGUGAGAGAUCAACAAUGGCCGCCAGCAGUAGCAACUAGCAAUAGUACUAUCAAUUCAAGGACGAAACAUUUUAGUUUGCCAAUUCCUUAAUUUUGUAAAUUGUAACCAUUAAGAAAGUAUUAUACUUGUAGUAUAGGGCAAUAGUAUAUUCAAUGUAGGUCAGUCUUACAAAUGUUGAUUUAAAGGGAAAAUACUAGUUAUCAUCAUGAUUUUAAGUUUACUUCUUAAUGGAAUGACAAAAGAUACAAGUUUACUAUCAUUAUAAACAAAAAAAAAAACAUUUAUAUUGGUAGUUUCGUAAAUAAAUAUAUUCCUACUAGUGUUUUGACUUGUCCAAACGCUAACCAAUAUGCAAAACGCUACAAUCAAAAGGCCUUAACACGAAUAACCUUUUAUUAAAUGUAGAUCCUAUAAAUAUUGAUCUAUUUACGAAAAAUGAAUUUUUAAUUGAAUUAUUUGGAAAGAGUAGGAGCAACGCAAAUUCAAUUUGCAAAAGUAUAGAGGUCAUAUCAUCACGAUUCAUGAUCUAUGACUAUGAGCCUAAACCGUUGACUUUGGAGAGAGAAAAUCAUAAAAAAAAGAUGAAAUAAAAAAAUUAUACAGAGUACAAGUAUUUGGGGCCGAAAGAAGUUAUCUAGCUUCUUCCAAUCCUAAUCUACUCUAGAAAUUAAAACCCCAUUAAUAUGUUUGCAUUUGCUAGUCUUCUCAAUCCUCCUCUUUUUUUACUUCCUAGUCAAUUUUAAUUAUUCAAUUUUUCUUCUUGUUUGGAAAGAGAAUUAAUUAUGCAUUUGGAUUAAGGUAAAUGUUCCUAAUUUUACCUAAAAUUUUAAUU